CUCCAGGGCGCCUCUUGCCCGCGCACGCUGCCCGUUGCCGCCCGGCGCGAUGAAGGUGGAGGUGAGGCCGAGGCCGAGCCAGGUUAGUCUGCCUGUUACCUAAAGUGGAUGAAAAUUCGUAUUGUGGAACAUUAUAUUCCUAAACCUAAUGAGAAAACCGAUGGCACAAAGCAGCUGAAAAUGAAUACGUGACUGACUGAGACUGUGGUGAGCACAGACCAGUGAAGAUGAGCUGUUUGGCUGAAGGCAAAGAGCCACUACAGUUGGUCGGCCAACUGCUGAGUGAACCGGGACAGUUUGCUUACGGUGGCCUGUGUGGUGUCACCCUGUCACUGCUGUUUCCUGGAGAGGAACACAGGCUGUACAGAGUGCGAUUUAUCGAUGGGCUUGUAGAAUGGUUGCAGCUUUCCGAAUCUGUCUUGCCUGUCAUGGAGGCCUUUGCCAAUGGAUUGGGCGGGGAAGGUGCCAUCACGUUUGCUGAUCUGCUGCUGAAAGAACCAGCUCUGAAGGACAACCAAAUUUUAAUCACUCAGGAUCUUGUUUCCUUUUCACUAAAAGAUGGUCGCUACGAUGCACGCGCGCGGGCUCUCAUCCGUCACAUCACCUGGCUCCUGAGAAUCCCAUUUGAGGAACUGGAGAUGUUUGAAGAAUCAUUGGUGGAGACACUAAAAGAAAAUAAAGAAAAAGACACAGAAGAAUUUGAAAUAUCUCAGAAGAAAAAAGAUCGUAAAAAGAAACUGAAGCGAUAUUUCCUUAUUGGUCUUGCUACAGUAGGUGGUGGAACUGUGAUUGGCCUCACGGGCGGACUUGCUGCUCCACUCGUGGCCGCGGGAGCUGCUGCGAUCGUCGGGACUGCAGGAGCAGCGGCAAUUGGCUCCACAGCUGGCAUCGCCAUCAUGGCUUCUGUAUUUGGGGCCGCAGGGGCAGGCCUGACAGGCUACAAAAUGAAGAAGCGGGUGGGAGCCAUUGAAGAGUUUGAGUUUCUUCCUCUAACCGAUGGGAACCAACUGCACAUCACGAUAGCUGUCACUGGCUGGCUCUGCACGGGAAAAUAUGGAAGUUUUGAGGCACCAUGGCGAAGUCUACUCCAAUCCAAGGAGCAGUACUGCCUAGCUUGGGAGUCCAAAUAUUUGAUGGAAUUGGGCAAUACCCUCGAGUCUCUGCUGAAUGGUCUGGUUAAUAUGGUUGCACAAGAAGCUCUGAAGUACACCGUCCUGUCAGGUAUCGUGACUGCACUGACGUGGCCAGCCUCACUACUAACCAUUGCUAAUGUCAUCGACAACCCCUGGGGAGUCUGCCUAAGCCGAUCGGCUGAAGUUGGAAAGCAUUUGGCCCAAGUUCUCCUGAGCAGGCAGCAGGGCAGGAGACCGGUCACGUUGGUCGGGUUUAGCUUUGGUGCACGAGUGAUUUACUUCUGUCUUCAGGAGUUGCUUCAAGAGAAAGAUGGUGAAGGAAUUAUCGAAGAUGUUGUGUUGCUCGGAGCUCCAGUGGAAGGUGCGGCCAAACACUGGAAACCUCUCACAAGAGUGGUCGCUGGUCGUAUAAUUAAUGGAUACUCUAGGGGUGACUGGCUUCUGAAUUUUGUCUAUCGUAGUUCUUCAGUACAGCUGAAUGUGGCAGGCCUGCAGCCAGUUGUUAUGGAUAAUGAAAAAAUGAUUAAUGUGGACCUUUCAUCCAUUGUGAAUGGACACUUAGAUUAUAUGAAGCAAAUGGACACCAUAUUAAAGGCUGUUGGUGUGAAAACUAAGGAGUGCCGACUGGAGGACAAAUGGAACAUUAGCGCCGGCUUUAACCCAGGUGAGAAGUCUGGCAGUGAAGGAGAGGGGCCUUCAGACAGCUCGGAGAUCAAAUGUGCCGGAGAGAAUGGGUCGCAUAUGGCCCUCGCUGAACCCUCUGGUUCCUUGUCAGAAGAUGAUGUUUUGGAGACAUCAAAGCCAAGCCCGCACUCCCCUGCUGCAGAAGAUCCAAUAUCCGUGGUACAAUCCACACUGUCUCCUGACAAGGAUAGAACUACUGACCAUGAGUUAUCAUCUGGAAUCCCAGAGUUCGCCAAAGACCAAGAAGAAAGUUAAUUACAAACUAAAAAUCUGCUCCUAAUGGAAUCCGAUAUCAGGUAUUUUCACCAAAACCAAUUUAAAUUGAACGUACAACAGAGGCACUUUUGUAAAUAAAGAGAUUUGAGAUUAUAUUUCAGCCGGCAGGUUUGCAGUAAUGGGAAACUGGACCAAUUGUUGAUUUGUGUACAUUUGCUGUGAAAGCCUUACUAAUUAACUAAUGUAAUUUAAUUUUGAAUUUGAAUAUUAUUUAAUUAAGUGCGAUAAUGUUGCUGUGUUGGAAAUGAGCCACUAACAAAAUGAAACCUCAUCCUUUAUGUCACCCUGUGCUUUCCCUCCCUGCAGACUCUAAUUAGGUUUCAGAGUCAAUUUAACCUCCAUUCUGUACUGAGUCGACUGGUUCUUAUGUGUCUUCCAUGAGAAAGAAUAGUCAGAUUCUGAAUCAUUCAUUCAAAAGUUCUUCUAUUGACGUUCCUAUGAUAUAUUUUUUAAAUCCAAUGAAACUGCUGUCACAAAUAAAGUACCCAUGAUCAUG